AUGCAUAAAAAUGGUAGUAGGCGCACGUGCGACCGAUUCUCAGAGAAUGGUUUGACACGCGAGGCAGCGAAUUCGCUUUGCUCCUGGUUCAAGUCUACUUCUUUCUCACUUUCAGAUGAGGUGUUGCUGCUGCUUGCACUGGAGCUUGGUUCUUGCCAUUCAUUACUCCCUGACGUUGUGUCACCGCCAUCAUCCGUUGGUAACAAUGAAGUGAGCCGUGGAUGUACAUCUCCCACGUGUCGCGCUAUAAUCUGUUUUAAUUUUUCUUUUCAUUCUUUACUCAUUCUUCUCUUUUUCUUUCUUUUUCUCUCAAAAGCUAUUUAUCUUUCUCCUUCACUCAUUUUCUUUUUCUUUUUCUUUAUUUCUAUCCGUGCAUAUUUUUCCUCCUUUUGUAUCUUGUCUUUUCUCAUUUUCCUUUUUCAUACUUUUUGUCUGUUCUUUUCUACAACCAUAUCCUUUCUUUCUAUUUUUUGUUUUAAACUUUUAUUCCCUUCUUUUUUAACUUUUUAUUUCAUUCUUUUUAUUUUCAUUCAUGCCAAGAUCCCCUCCACCCAUUUACCUGCAUUCUUCGUGUCCACUAUUCUCUCUUCCUCUUAG